AUGGCACCGACGCAACUGCUCUCUGCCGCUUUCUGCGCCAUCGCCUCAGCCGCCACAGCCGUCGCAGUGCCGCCGGCCGCGCCUGCUCCUCCUUCCCCUCCGCCACCGCCGCCACCGCCAUCGCAGCUUAUGGAGGUGCUCUCCAUGUGCAUUGUCGUUACGGGCACAACUCAGUACCCCGACUGGCAAUCCAUCCACACAUACUUGAUGGCCGCGCUACUGGCAAAGCCAUACCCGUGCUUCAUACAGCUCACCUCUACCAACGGCUGCGACCUGCCCAACGAGCGGAACCAGACCAGCCGCGUGUGCACUACCAACGAGUGGGGUGGUGAAGCCUGCGACCCCGACGAUCUGGUCAGAAUCAUUCCGGGGUCUGCAGAGCUGGUUGCUUCACGCAGCGACGACAGCAACAGCAAGCGGCUGAUCGCCUCAGCAGGCAACGCCGUGUACUCUGUGACCGUCGUUGGUUUCUCCCACCAAGCUCCCGGCGAUUCCUCUUUUGCAGAACGGCUUUGCGACGCCUUUGUUGCAGGCUUCAUCGGAUUCCAAUCUCCCCUUAGCCUUGCCGCGAUGCAGGUCUUGGAUCCCGACUGGCGCGUUCACGCGCCCCCAUGGAGUGGGGAAGACAUUGCCUGGCUGCUCCUCUGGUUGUCACCAGUCUGGUUGCCAGCGCUUCUGCUCCCAGCCGUCGCCGCGAGGAGGGCGUUCAGACGUACAGCGGUGCUGUUGGAGUUGGAGAGCGCCUUGAGCGAGAUUGAGGUGGAGCAGAUGCGGAGCCGCUUUCACGAAAAGGAGGUGCGCAAGGCCGUCUGCGUGACGAAAUGGAUGGCACGCGCGCUGCUUCUGCUCGCCAUCGGUCUGGUCCCCUGGCUGCCUGCCUUCGCCCUCCUUCCCGCCGCACUGCCUCUCGCUCGAAGGAAGAUUAGCUGCGCCGCGUGGAUCACGUCCAGACCCUCACGUAAAUUCUGGCUCACGUUCACGAGCGCGGCCGGCUUUUCUUUCUUCGCUUGGCUCCUCGCGAGCUGGAGCCUGCUUGGGGUCGGCAGCGACCGCGAGCUGUACCGCGUCGGGCAUUACCGCGAUCCCCGCCCUCUGUUUGUUAGCGCAUGCCGUCAGCUCUUCAGCGCAUCCGACGACGACGGCUAUGAGUCGAUCGACGGAUGGUACUUCCCGUACCGCGGCAAGGUGUGCAGCGUCCUGAUGCACGCCAUUGAGCCGCAAAAUGUGCAGUACCUCGGCUUGACGCUGCUUGCACAGGGGUGCGUCAGCCUGCUCGUUGCUAUCCUCUCGCUGGCGUUGCUGCGCAAGGCUGCGGGGUCCAAGGCCUACCCGGGCUGGACCCGCCUUUCAUCUUCCUCCUCGUGGUGCGAUGCAAGCGUGGACGAGCUGUUGACCGUCACGGCGGAGCGACUCUCCGACCGCUUCGCCGGCGCUGCCAAGGAGCUCGUCGUAGGACAGCCGGAAGAGGCGGCAACAGGUCUAUACGGCAUCAUCGGCUACUCAGAGGCGUACCUUCACGAUCGGAUGAGGCAGGGCACCGCGGCAAUUAUCGAGGAGGCGGAGGCGCUCGGCGAUCCGGAGGUGCUCGAGAAUCUGCGCUUUCAGAACGGUUGGCGGCGCGAUUGUUGGCCGGACGGUUCCAGCCUCGGAGGGCGCGAGGGCAUGGUGCUCGCUGAUUUUGUGGCGCUGCCGGUGGCUCGCAGAGCGCGGCUGGAGGAGGCGCACGUGGUCGCGUUGCGGCUCUACUCGACCGCCGCCUUCCGCGCGCUCAAUGGACCGAUGCGCCAGCUCAAAGUGAGCAACUACCGCAAAGGAGAGGACGGACUCCCUCUCCCGCUCGAGCCCCCGCAGCUGGCCGCGCCGCACCCGCAGCCGGCGACAAUGGCCUUCAUCUACGAGGCGCUCAAGCGGAUGCGCGCCGUCGCUGCAGUGACGACGGCCGGCCUCGAUGGCAUGGAGCUGGAGGAGCUGGUGGAGAGUGGCGAGCUGAGCCUGGACACUUUGCGGCGGGCGCGCGUCAGCGGCGAUGGUCGAUUGGGCGAAACGGCCGUCGAGGAGUCGCCGGUGCCAGUGUCGGACUCUGGGGAAGCCGAGCGCGCUGCCGCCAACUGCGAAGAGCGCGCCAAACCAUGUGACGCAGGAGAGCCCGCUGCGCGUGGCGGUGGGACAGCAUUGCUAGCAGCCUUCCGGGCCCUCUGCUCUUCGAAGGCGGCGAAGCCGGCUAAGGCGGGGGAGGGACGUAUCCUCUGGCGCGGGAUGGGGGACAUGCGCGCCUCUUCCCGCUUCCUCGCGAUGGGCGGAACCGAGUUUGCUUGCUGCUCCACGACCUCGCGGCUCGAGGUCGCGGCGCGCUACGCGUCCGCCGCCGGCAAGCAGCGCGCCCUGCUUUUCCGGCUCAAAAGCUCGACGUUCAUGAACAUGGGCGUGGAUAUUUCGGAGUUCUCCGCCUUCCCGCACGAGAAGGAGUACCUCUACCCGCCCCUCACGUACAUGCACCCCUCCGGUGUGACCCACAGGCUAGUGCGCAACGGAGUGACCUUCGACGUCGUGGAGGUUGAGCCGUCCUUCCCUAGCUAG